AUGGAGGCAGGGCCGUGGGGCGUGUGCGAGGAGAUGGCGAUCCUGCACGGCGGCUUCCUGCUGGCCGCCAAGCUGCUGCAGCCGCGGCCGCUGCGCGAGCUGCGCAAGGCCGACUGGCCCCUCGUGGGGCCGCCCAUCGCCGACGCGCUGCGCGAGAUCGGCGCCCGCCGCCCCGCGCCGCGGCCCGGCCUCUGGAAGCAGCAGGCCGUGGCGCUGGUGUGGGCCAAGGUGCUGCUGCCCGGCCCGCUGCCCGCCUCGCUGGAGCGCGGCUGGCGCGAGGACGCCUUCUUCUCGGCGGGCCGCAUGAUCCCCGACGUGAACCACACGGUGCUCUUCGAGCUGGCCAAGGCGCUGGACGCGCCGGCGCUCUUCGUGCGGCUGCUGCGGGCGCUGCCGCGCGAGCUGCGCCGCGGCGAGCUGCGGCGCCUCGUGGACUACGUGGCCAGCGAGACGUCGCCCGCCGACGUCGGCUUCCUGCUGGACGUGUGGUGGGAGGUGCUGAAGCACGAGGAGCAGCCGGAGGACGCCACGGCCGCCGCCUUCGGCGCCCUCAUCCGCCAGCACGGCGCCCGGCCCGGCCCGCACGACGGGCAGCAGCCGCCCAAGCGGUUCAAGAGCGCCGCGGCGGCGCCCAGCCUGCCCAUGGUGCUCGUGGAGGGGCUGGAGCGCACGCAGCGGAGCAUCGUGCUGCCCCGCGCCCGCUGCUACGCCCUGGCCAACCUGGCCGAGCUGCUGCGCGCGCCCGCGGGGCCGGAGCCGCCCGGCGCCGCCCUGCCCGUGGCCGAGUACCUGCACAAGGUCUGCUCCGUGGUCAGCCUCUGGAGCAGCGACGCCGGGAGCCGCUACCACCAGCGAGGCCUGGACGAGAAGGUGAGGGAAGCGGAGAGGAGCGUGAGCCUCGCGUCCGUGGCCCGGCUCGGYGACGAGGAGCUCUUCGCCGGCUUGCGCCUGCUCCGCGACCUGCUGCGCGCGUGGGGAGAGGAGCUGCAGGGCGCCCUGAACGGCUCCGAGCAGCUCUSCUACCAGAGCUACCGGCUCCUCGAGGCACUCAGUGCCCUGCGCAAGAGCCUGGCCGGCCUCGUGGACUCGAGCGACCUGAGCGAGGACGAGAAGCUCGUGGUGUCGGAGCUGGCGCAGGUCAUYGAGCGCUUUCUGGACAACAUCAGCGCCGGCCUGAAGAGCCGCGAUUCGGAUGCCAGCCUCRUCUCUUCGGUGGCCAUGAUGAUCAUCGAGCGGAAGCUGGACAGGCACAUGGAGAUGUGCUCCGUUUUCGCCUCCCAACACACGUGGGCCUCUUCGCAGGACUGGCUUGACUGCCUUGUGAAAAACAAAGUUCUCUUCCAGAAGCCGGAGCUCGUUCUGAAGUUGCUGGAGACCUUGGUGAACUGCACGGCGUCCUCCCAAGACCGAGAGGACCGAGAGCUGCAGAAGCAGGUGACCAAAACCGUCCUGGAGUGUUACACCGAGCUCUCGUUGACCGACAAGAACAAGGUGCUCUCUGGUGUGCUGGCUUCCUGGGGCGGUCCAGGUCUGUCCCUCAGCUUGCAAGUGGUCAUGGAGGGCUUCCAGGAGGACCUGAACGUGACGUUCAACCAGAUCACACAGAGCGUUUCCGAUCAAGGCCUGUCCAAGGCCGUGGCCUCGGUGGCCAAGCUCACUCUGCUGUACCCCGAGGCCACCGUGAAGAAGGUUUGUAACCUCGCCGUGGUCAACCUGGGAACGCACCAGUUCCUGGCCCAGAUCCUCUGCUCCUUCCCGGCGCUGGGCUUCCUGGAGACGCACGACGAUCCGGGCCGGCCGCGUAGCCUGGUGCUCAGGUGCCUGCACGAGGCUGUAUGGGGGAAGCUCUCCACUGAGCGGGARGAGGAGCAGUUUCUUGAGUUCUUGGCCUUCCUCAUGCAGCCAAGCUCAGCAGCCCCGCUGGUGUCCCCCGCAGAGGUGACCAGAACCUUUAUCCUUCCCUGCCUGAGGUCGGACUGCGCCCAGAUUGAGCUGAGCCUUCGGAUCCUCAGUAAGGUCCUGGCGAUGCAGUCCCCUGCAGAAGAGCACUGGAUCAGGUCCUGCUACCCGUUCCCGCUCGUCCUCAGCCUCUGCAAGCUCCUGGACGGCUACACGAGGUACUGGCACGUGCCCGGGGAGCAGCGCUCCCCCUCGCUGGACACCAAAGACCUGGUGGCAGACGCCCUCGCCCAGCUCUGCGAGGUGCUCAGGCCGGAGGUCGCCCCAUCCCCUGACGUGUGGGUCCAGUCGCUCGCUUGGCUCCACAGGAAGGUGGCAUCCCUGGACUGGACCGUCGGCGUCCGCCUGAAGCAGCUUUUUGGGGAGCACUUCAAGAACGAGGUCCCGGCGACGCUGUUUGAGGUGUGCAGGCUGCCCGAGGACGUGUGGGCGCCGCGGGCAUCGCCGGCCUACGGGCCGGGCAGCGGGCUGCUCGCGUGGCUCGAGUGCUGCUGCCUCUCCUCGGAGCUCGGCAGCACCAUGCUGGCGCUGCUCGCCGUCGACGUGGACAACCCCGAGGAGGUGAACCUCUUCAGCAAGGGCUUCCUGGUGGCGCUCGUCCAGGUGCUGCCCUGGUGCAGCCCCGGCGAGUGGAAGAGGCUGGUGCACGUGGCGCGGAGCCUGCUGCAGAGGCAGGUGCUGCACGUGCCCUACACGCUGGAGUACGUGCAGCACCUGCCCCUGCUCGACCUGCGCCCCUUCGCCCACUGCCUGCAGCUCUCCGUGCUCUUCCUGCGGGGCUUCCAGCUCCUGUGCAGCUCCAGCUGCUCCGCGUGGCUGCCCGCCGACGCCUGGCUCCACGUGGCCCAGCUCUACAGCGGCAGCGUCGCCGAGCUGCUCGCCUCGCUCCGGAGCCUCCCGGCGCGGCGCGACGAGGACGCGAGCGGCGCGCAGGAGCUGGCCUUCGUGUGCGUGCAGCUCUUCUGCCACGUGCUGCACGUGGCCGCCAUGGUGCCGGCGGGCGGCUGCCCCGCGCCGCUCGCCGCGCUCGCCCUGGCCGCGCUCGCGCAGUACGAGGCAGCCAGCGGCGCCGACGCCGGCCCCAGCCGCGCGCUGCGCCGAGCCAACGAGCGGCACUUCCUCGAGUGCGUCACGGACAACGUGGCCGACAAGGAGCUGCGCGGCGCCCUCCUGCRCAAGCUCGGCCAGCUGGGCGCCUAGCCCAUAACAAUAAACCCUAUCUUUUUUUUUGUUUU